GGCACAUCUGGAGUUCUCCCUGGCUCCUUCGCGAAAAGCCCCAAGAGGGGGCCCGGAGCCGGGUGGCGGGUGAGUCACCAGCAGGUGGUGAAGACCCAUGAGCGCCGCCGUGGAGAUCAUAGGCAUCGCAGACACCUCGAGUCGUUUGAGCCUCAAAAGGGUCAUGGAGCAAUUUGGUGAGGUCGUUGGUUGUCACAUGGGAGCCAGAGGGGUGGACAAUCCCAUAGUGCGCUACAAGACUCAGGAGUUUGCACAAGCAGCCCUGGAUGCCCUGAAGGCUGGGCAGGUAUGGCUAGAUGGCAUGGUCCUCAAAGGGGAGUGGAAAAACUCCUCCAGACCUGGACCGCCGGAGGGGAAAGGCGGAGGUAAAGGACCAAAUCGGAGCGAGGGUGGCUUGGAUCUGACCAGCAGAGACAUCUUCACCUCCAACCGGAGUCGCAGUCGCAGGAGGCGGAGCCGCAGUCGAAGACGAAGGCGAAGUCCGAGUCGCAGCCGUAGCCGCCGGCGACGCUGAGGUGUCGAAAGAGACCUUUCUGGUGACGGGUUAAUGGCACCGCUGACGUCGUGUUCACGUCCGUGCAAGCAGCGCGUGCUUGCAACGUUUCGAAGGGUGAAGGGAGAAGUUGGCAAGGCGGUGAGAUCAAUAGCAGAAGUAAAUGUAUAGCUCAAAAUCG